GUUCGUCAGGACCCGUGGCUUAGCGCUGCCGGUGGAUGAAGUGCUGUAGGCGCUUCUGCGAGAGGCAUUCAAACUUGCUGUUCCUCAGUGGAAGAGCCUUGCGUGUCUGUGACCGGCCUCCCUGCCUGUGUGCCUCUUUCCUUAGGUGGUCGCUGAGGUCUGUAUCUGUAGACCUGAAUGUUGAUCCUUCUCUCCAAAUUGAUAUACCUGACGCCCUAAGUGAAAAGGACAGAGUGAAAUUCACUGUACAUACUAAGACUACACUGCCAGCUUUUCAAAGCCCUGAGUUUUCAGUUACAAGGCAGCAUGAAGACUUUGUGUGGCUGCAUGAUACACUCACUGAAACUGAAGAGUAUGCAGGACUUAUUAUACCUCCAGCACCUUCCAAACCUGACUUUGAUGGUCCCAGAGAGAAGAUGCAGAAACUAGGGGAAGGAGAAGUGUCUAUGACAAAGGAAGAAUUUGCCAAAAUGAAGCAAGAGCUAGAAGCUGAAUACCUUGCUGUCUUCAAGAAGACUGUAUCAUCACAUGAAAUCUUCCUUCAGCGGAUUUCUUCUCAUCCUGUGCUUAGCAAAGAUCGCAAUUUCCAUGUUUUCUUGGAGUAUGAUCAGGAUCUGAGUGUUCGGAGGAAAAACACAAAAGAGAUGUUUGGUGGAUUUUUAAAAAGUGUAGUAAAGAGUGCUGAUGAAGUCCUCUUCUCUGGAGUCAAGGAAGUAGAAGAUUUUUUUGAACAAGAGAAGACUUUUCUUGUAAACUACUACAACAGAAUCAAGGAUGCAUGUGCAAAAGCAGAUAAGAUGACAAGAUCUCAUAAAAAUGUUGCAGAUGACUAUAUUUAUACUUCAGCUUGCUUGAACAGCCUGGCAUUAGAAGAACCUACAGUUAUAAAAAAGUACUUGUUGAAAGUUGCUGAGCUCUUUGAGAAACUCAGGAAGGUAGAGAGUAGAGUUUCAUCUGAUGAAGACUUGAAGCUCUCUGAACUGCUGAGAUACUACAUGCUCAAUAUAGAAGCUGCAAAGGAUCUUCUGUACAGACGUACAAGGGCUCUUGUUGACUAUGAGAACUCAAACAAAGCUCUAGAUAAAGCCAGACUAAAGAGCAAGGAUGUCAGGCUGGCUGAGGCACAUCAACAAGAUUGUUGUCAGAAGUUUGAAAAGAUUUCAGAAUCUGCAAAACAAGAACUGAUGAGCUUUAAGCAGAAGAGAAUAGCAGCAUUCCGCAAAAACCUAAUUGAAAUGGCAGAACUGGAAAUAAAACAUGCAAAGAACAAUGUCUCUCUCCUGCAAAGCUGUAUUGACUUGUUCAAGAACUAAGGCAUCUUAUUCUGAAAAUGUGAAAAAAGCAUCACUUGCACUCAAUGGCCAGGGGCAACUUAUUGGCUUGACUUCAUUAGCUUAAAAUAAAUAUUGUCACUGA